CUUGCAUUCUGAAGAUAAAAGGCUCCACUAUGAGAGAUGGGACUUCCAUGGGCUUUGCACCAAAGGUCAGAGCACACAAAGAAUGACUAGGAAUCCCUGAAGAUGAAACGUGUCCUUUUAUGCUUGUGUCUCUUUAGCGUGGUCUGCACUAAACCAGUAUUUCAGCCGUACCCUGGGAAAGCUAAUGAGAACUGUGUGGGACAACACAGGAUACUGGUGAAGACCUGUAAUAUCAAUAAUGGGUUUUAUUUAUUUAAGUAUGUGUAUACAUCCUCAGCACGAAAAAAUCAAACACAGAUAAUGAAAGGUGAGGAAUAUGAUAAAAGCCAAGUUUCUGAUCACCAGUUUAAAAAGGAAGAUGAAUCAAAGAAGCCUUCAGAAGACUUCCAGGUUCAAGAGGGAGGUGAAGACCGUAAAUACCUUCUUGAGAAUGGAACUAUCAGGAAGCCUGACAGCAAAAGCAUUUCUGACAGGCAGAAAUUAGUUGGAGUUAAUGGAAACACCAGUGACUGGGAUGCCCGUCAAAUUCACUCAGAAGUCAGUGUGUACAAAGAUGACAGUGAGAAAGGUACUGGGAAUACCACUGUGGACAUAGAGGGCAGUGGUGACCUUGAUUUCUUAGACCAAAUUGAAGGUGGUGUUACUGUCAUUUCUGGUACUGAACACGAUGCCAGAGGUAGCAGCCAUCAGGAUGCAAAGAGCAGUGGUUACACAGAAAGAUAUGGACAAGAUAGAGAGAAAGAUCAGUCUGGCUUUACAGGUAUUAAUGAAUCAGAGGGUACUGAUUAUAAUGCCACCAGAGAAAAAGAUAAAGAUGCCAUUGAAACCCAGGGUAGUAAUGGCUAUAGGGACAUCCCAAAAAAAGAUAAAGCCAUUCAUCAGGACCCAGUGAACAAUAGUUAUUCAGGGGUUCCUAUGACAGACAAGGAUGGCACCAGAGAUAAAGAGUUUGACAAUGAGGGAAGUGGCUACACAAAUUUUCUAGAUAAGGAUGAAGACAAUUUUGCCACUGGCAAUGGGGAUGACCAUCUUGAUAUAGGAGACACUGACUCUAUAGAUAUUCCAGAAAGAAUGGAGCAUAUUAAAGUGGAUAAAGAAGGCAUGGAUAAUCAGUCAUAUUUUUCAGAAACAGGAGAAGUUAAGGUCAUUAAGGGCAAUCAUGUGGAAGGACCUAACCUCACUAAAGGUGAUAGGAAAAAAGAUGAAGUUAGUGGGAGGACUAAUAGUCAUGUAAAAGAACCAGAUGUCAUUAAACCAGAGAAGAAUGAUGAAGGUUAUGGUAACAUCCUUACUGAGAGGGCUAGUAUACAUAUAGAGGGACCAGGUCCCACCAAAGCAAAUAAAGACGACAAAGGUAAAGGCAAAGAAAAGACUAGUAGUCACAUGGAAGGCCCAGAUAUCAUUAGACCACAAAAGAAUGACAAAGGUGAAGAAAACAUCAUUAAUGGAAGGACUCAUAGUCAUGUAGAAGAACCAGAUGUCAGCAGACCACACAAGAUAGAUAAAAGUGAAGUUAAUAUCUUUAGUGGAAGAACUAGCAAUCACAUUGAGACACCAGAUAUCAUCAAAGCACGUAAGACAGGUGAAGGUAACAUUGUUAGUGGGAAGGCUGGCAGUCAUGUAGAUUCUGGUUUCACAAAACAGCUUAAAAAAGAUAAAAGUGAACUCAUUCUCCCUAGUGGAAGGGUUGGUACUUACAUGCAAGAACCAGAUAAAGGUAGAAAGAUGCACAAGAAAGAUAAAGGUAAAGUCACUAUCCUGAGUGGAAGGGUUGGCUCUCAUGUACCAAAAACAGAUGUCAUCAACACACACAAAAAAGAUAAAGGUGAAGUCACUGUCUCUAGUGGAAGGGCUAGUACUCAUAUACAGAAACCACAUGUCACCAAAGUACACAAGAAAGAUGACAGUGAACAUAACAUCAUUAGUGGGAGGUCUAGUAUUCAGAAGGGGGGACCAGAUUUCACUAAACCACACAAAAAAAAUGUUGAUAUGAGUCAUGGAAAUGCUUCCAAAGGCAAGCUGGGGAUCACUUACACAAAUGUUCCAAAAAAGAAAGGAAAUAUUAUUAAUGUUAGACUUACAGCAGGGAAAAAGGAUAUAACAAAAGGAAGGACUGCUCAUACUAAGGUUCCUGGAAGCAGUGCAAAUGCCAAGACUAGUGCUGGACAUUCCAGAGGGAAGACAAAAGAUACUGGUCACAGAUAUACAGAGACAAAAGAUGACACUCAGUUCUUCACAGGUCAUGAACAUCUCAAAUAUACUAAUACUGGUAAUGUCCAGAAGACUGAUAACAUUCAAAUAAAGAAACAUUCUUUUCAUACUCCUGGUAGUGAUGAAAAUGUUAAAAAAACAAGUCCCAAGAGUGAGAAAAGUGAUGCUGAAACUGAUGAACGAUAUACAGGCAGGGUUUAUCUAGGGCAUGACAGAGUCCUAAGGAGAAAGGGCACCUGGCAUGGUAAAAAGGGCUGGUCAGCUAAGUAUGUCCAUGGCAACAAAGAUGACAGCAGCCAAUCAUCUGAUAGUGAGAGGGCAAGCAGAAGUGAUAGUCGCCAGGCCUAUGACUUUUACCAGAAUGAUCAGCUGGGCAAUUACUGGUCAGCUCAAAGUAUUCAGGGUGAUCAAGAUCUGUCAGCUGAGAAAAACUAGAGGGACAGCCACAGCCAGAUUGCAGAGCAAGAGAAAGAUUAUUCGCAAGAGAUUUGUCAAGAGAAGAGUAGCAAGCAGAAAAGCAGUUUUAUUGGCUGAAGUUCCAUCAUAGAAAAUCUUAUUCCAUAAGGCAGCAAUUCUCAAACUGAAAUGUCUAAGUGAUAUAUGAUCUGCAGUCAGGUUGGCAUGAGAAUUACUUUAUAAUAUGAGAAUUAAGAGGCACUGUAACUACUCUGAUUCAAAUGACUUACGUGUUACACCAAGUAUUUUUGAGUUUUUCCAAUGGCAAGGUGAAUUUUGAAGUCUAUUAUACGGUAGUUGAGUUCAUUUCAUAUUAUGAAAACAGUUUAUUAAGAGCCUACAAGCAAAAAUAUGUUUGGACGCAAUGGAGUAGAAUCCCAUAUAGAGUAUAUACUUGCAUAAUAUGAUACAAUGAAAUAAAGAAUAA